AUGAGUGACAAUCUCACAUCUUCUACAACCGCUCCCAGCCGCUCCCCACCCUCCGCUCCCCCCGACGCCUUACCAUCCUCCCUCCCUCUCCUCCCUUCCCCUCCUCCCUCCCACAUUCUCUUGCCCCCUCCUCGCUCCCUUACCCUUCCGUCUCCCUCCCCACCGCACGAAGCAGGGCGAGCGCUGAUGGCUUUGAGGGACCAGCUGACCUUUCUGGCCUUUGCGAACCCUAGCCGCAGCCCCAAGGCGAUCCGUUCUCCUUCCCCACCGUAUUCCCCCAUCCCCUCCCACCUCGUCUCCCCCCCUCGUUUCCCCCUCUCUCUCAACUUUCUUCCCCCGUCGUUCCGAGCAGGGCAAGCGCUGGGCAAGCUUGGUGACUUUGAGGGACCAGGUGACGUUUGUGAACCCCAGCCGCAGCUCCAACGCGUUCCGUUCUCCUUCCCUGCUUCUCUCCCCUUCCCUCUCAACUUCCCUCAUCCCCGCCGUUUCAGGGCAAGCGCUGGUGGCGUUAAGAGACCAGAUCACGUUUGGCAAGCGCUGGUGGCUUUAAGAGACCAGAUGACGUUUGUGAACCCGAGCCGCAGCCCCCAGGCGUUCUGGAAGAGCGCGGACAACUGCGAGGCUCUAUAUGGAGUCGUAAAAACGUCAUCCCUGGUGAGAUCUUUUGCUGGUCUCACUCACUUCCCCUCGUCUUCCCUCCUCACCUCGUCGGCCUUCCGCCUCCUUCCCUGCCGUCUCCACCUCGUGGCACCCUGGUGGGAGUGGUCUAGAGGGUCGCCAUGCAUGUAUUUCUGUUCUAUCGCCUCGUCUGCUCCCCUCCACCUGCCCUCCUCCCCACUUCGCAGUACCCUAGUGGGAGUGGUGAGGCCGCUCCCAACCGCCACUGAAAGAGCUAUUGGGAGUGGUGGAGCCGCUCCCACCCGCCAUUGGGAGAGUCGUUUAACCUGUACCACUUUCCACCGCUCCCCACCCCGCUCUUUCACCUCUCAGCACGCUAGUGGGAGUGGUGGGGCCGCUUCCAGCCGCCAUUGGCAACCUUCCUUCACUCGCCUUCCUGUAAGCUUCCUCCUUGCUACUCCUUUUAGCCGUUCUGCCUCCUAA